CUUCCUUCCUUCCUUUCUUCCUUCUCUCCAUCCAUCCAUGGCCCUGGCCGGGGUCCCUCCGGAGCUGGAGGUGCGGCUGAGCCGGAUCUCGGAGGCGGAGAUGGAGCUCUACUACCGGCUCCUUCGAGCCGCAGCCCGGACCGAGGCUUUGGCCGCCGCCGAAUCGGCACUCCCAACCCGGGCAAGAGACAUUGCUGAUGACUUGAUGAAAGAGUUUGCCUUUCUUUCCGGAGGAAGAGGAAAAGACAAUGGCUGGAUCAUAACACUCCCUGAAAACUCCCAUUUCAACCAAAUGCCCGAGGAUGUUGUGACCAAAGUGUUAACAUACUUGACUCGGAUCCCAAGCCAACGAAAAUCUGACAGCAAAUUUACCUUAAUCCUGGACAGAAGGCUGGAUACUUGGACGUCGGUCAAGAUGACUCUUCAAAGAAUAGCAGCAUCAUUCCCAGGCAACCUGCACCUUGUGAUGGUCCUCCGCCCCACUGGAUUUUUCCAACGCACUUUUACCGAUAUUGGAUUUCGGUUUAGCCAGGAGGACUUCCUUCUCAAGCUGCCUGUUGUAAUGCUGAGUUCAGUCAGUGACUUACUUACAUACAUCGACGAGAAGCAGUUGACGCCAGAAUUCGGGGGCACCUUGGAAUACAGCCAUAGUGAAUGGGUGAUCUUCAGAACAGCUAUAGAAAGUUUUGCACUAACGGUGAAGGAAAUUGCCCAGAUGCUUCAGUCUUUUGGCAUGGAGCUGGCAGAAACGGAGUUGCCAGAUGACACCUAUUCAAUCGAGCGCAUCCUGGCCCUUCGGACAGAGAAAUACUACCAGCUGAAAGAAGAUAUUACAACAGUUACCAAAGAGGGAAACAUGCUGCUGUGUAGUUUAGAGGAGCCUGAGACAGACGAUGCUGAUGGAGAGCAAACGCAGGAGAGAUCUGGGGACUGGGAGACGGUCAACAGAUUGCUUGCCCAAUUGUGUGAGAUGGAAACCGCUUUUGAUGGAUUCUGGGAGAAGCAUCAGCUGAAGAUGGAGCAAUAUUUGCAGCUGUGGAAAUUUGAGCAGCAUUUCCAAGAGCUCAGUAAAGCCAUAGAAUUUUUAACGGAGCAGCAAGGGGAGUUGCCUGACACUGGCGAUAACAUUUCUCAAGUAAAACAGAGGCUCUCAGACAUGGAUAACCUGGACAAAAUGGCACAGGAUGUGACUGGAAAGGCCCAGGUGGUCAUCCUCCAUGGUCAUCAGCUGGCUGCUAACCACCACUAUGCCCUCAACCUGAUCUGCCAGCAAUGUAAUGAGUUGAGGCACCAUUCGGACAUCUUGCUGGAAGAGAUCAAAAGGAAACGCAACCGGCUGCAGAAGACCUUGGACCUUCUCACCUCACUGCAGCAGGCUCUGGAGUGCUGUGAUGAAGGCGCAUAUCUUCUAGCCAACCAACCAAUGGAUAAAUGCCAGUCCCGGGAAGGUGCCCAGAAUGCUCUCCAAGAUAUAGAGAAGUUCCUCGAGAGCUCUUCGCCACAUUUAAAUGCUGAUCCCCAAGCCCUCUACUCUGACUUUGACCUCAUUUUAACACCCGAACUCAAGGCCCGGAUCCAGAUGGUCCAGAUCAAGCUGGAGAAUGUGCGCAGCAUGUUCGAGAACAGACAGGCUUGCUUCAAAAAGCUGGUGGACAAGCAAGUGCGCCCCGUGCAGCUUGUAGCCCCACGGCCGGAGAACCCGCCUCGGUCAAGAUCGCCAUUGUUUUCUCCCAAACAUGGUGUAGAUUUCAACUCCAGUUUGAAAUUUUCAUUUGAUAUCUCGCUGCCUGGGAAGAAAACGUCACGGAAAUCUCAAAGCUCACGUAAGAUUGAAGUCAUGCACGAUUACCAAGAGAAAAGGAAUUCCUUGCAGUUUUGCAUUUCAGAAAGCGAAGACAGUUUAGACAUUUUGAAAAGCCAUGUGAUAAAUGAACUGAUAGAAACGGAGAGGGUCUACGUGGAGGAGUUGUUCACCAUUUUGAUGGGCUACCGAGCUGAGAUGGACAACCCCACCAUGGCCUUUCUCCUGCCACCUCCCCUGCAGAACCGGAAAGAUGUCCUCUUUGGGAAUAUGCCUGAGAUUUACGAUUUCCACAACAAGAUUUUCCUCCACCUUCUAGAGAGUUGCCUGGAAGCUCCAGAGAAAGUUGGCUACUGCUUCUUGGAAAGGCGCGAAGAUUUUCAGAUGUAUGAGAAGUACUGUCAGAAUAAGCCGCGAUCAGAAUCGUUGUGGAGGCAGUGUGCAGAAAGUGUCUUUUUCCAGGAAUGCCAAAGAAAACUGGAACACAAGCUUGCCUUGGAUUCCUAUCUCCUCAAACCGGUGCAGCGAUUAACCAAAUAUCAAUUGCUCCUGAAGGAGCUUCUAAAAUAUAGCACAAGUUGCGAAGGUGUUCAGGAACUUCAAGAGGCCUUGGUAGCCAUGCUGGACUUGCUGAAGUCAGUCAACGACUCCAUGCAUCAGAUUUCGAUCACCGGUUACGAUGGGGACAUCAGUGAGCUUGGCAAAGUGCUGAUGCAAGGGUCCUUUAGCGUCUGGACAGGGCACCGGAAAGGCCCCACCAAGAUGAAGGACUUGGCCCGGUUCAAACCAAUGCAGCGGCAUCUCUUCCUGUAUGAGAAAGCCCUGGUCUUCUGCAAGAAAAGAGAAGACCAUGGAGACGGAUACGACAAAACCUCAUCGUAUAGCUUUAAGCACUUUCUUAAAAUGAAUGCAGUUGGCAUCACGGAAAACGUGAAAGGAGACCAUCGGAAGUUUGAGAUCUGGUACAGCGGUCGAGAAGAGGUGUACGUUGUACAGGCUCAAACUGUGGAUCUGAAGAUGGCUUGGCUUAAUGAAAUCCGAAAGAUUCUGUUCAAACAGCAGGAACUUAUCAAAGUUGAGAAGCAGCCAACGCCUUUCUGUACGGACCCAAUCCAACUUUCUCCUCCGUUGAGCGAAGGGAAACAGGCCAGGGUCUCUGUAAGCUCCGAGGAAAAUGACUCAGAACGCACUAGCCCUGUUCCUUCGGACAGCGUUGCCUCUUCCCAGCAGAGCAAGUCUAGCAGGCCUUGGCCAGGAAUGUCCCAUUCCUUGGAAAUCUGUGAAGGACUCGAUGACUGGUCCAGCCAUAACUACUUCUCAACCUGCUCUGACACUGAAGAAGAAGAUGGAAAUCAGCUGUCCCCAGGAAAAUACAAAGCCUUAGCAGACUGCAAGAAGAGGGACUCAGAAGAUUUGCUGGUGAAGAAUGGGGAUGUGAUUCAGCUCUUGCAUGAAAAUGAAGAGGGACAGUGGCUGGUCAAAAACCUCAACCGAAGAAAAGAAGGCUGGGUACCUGUCAACAGUUUGCAAAUAAUCCUUGGGGACUAUAGGUUUCGGAAUGCCAGAGUUGCAGACGCUGGCCUGUAUAAGACGAGAAAAUUAAGUUCUCCUUGAAAUGAAAGGGAGAACUAAUCUCAUGGCAUUUUUGAAUGCAUCAGUGGAGGUUUGAAAAAGGUUGAAGAGAGAGAGAGAGAUAAUAACACUUGUUGGAGAUCCCCUGUCCUAUAUCAUCCAUCAACAUUUGCCGCACAUCACAACUUCACCAACAUCUACUGCGACCAUCAAUGGAAGCCAUUCUUUCCUCUUUCCAUUUGUUUCAACUGACAGAUAACAUGGCACCAUUUUGAUUUGCCAUAAAGGUGGAAUUCCCCCUUUUCUCUGCAUGACAUCUACUCCAUUUGGGAACUAAAUUUGGUGGCUUCCCUGACAUUGGUUAAGAUGACUGCAGGUACAAGAGAACUCAAACUUUUUUCAGUUCACUCUUCACUGUGCUUGACUAAAGCCUAGUUGGGUCUAGGCCCAGGAUUAUCAUAAAGCUAUAUGUUCAAGUUGAGCUGUAUUCCCCUGGAAAGGAUGUGAAUGCAUUCUGCCGUCUUUGGCGCUGAGACUUUCAUUGGGGUUGGAUGAUGCAUAUCAACGCAAUAAUGCUGUUGGGGAACAGGGUCUCCUUUUGCACUAAGGGUCUGAACCAGAGUCCACAACAUCCACAAGUUGUGGUUCCUGAUCGUAUUGCACGACAACUCAGGAUUGCUGAAACUCACUUUGGGUUCUUCCAUAUCCCCAGGCUACUGAAGUAGAAGUUUCCAAGUUUACAUUGUAAUUUGGGGAAUGGGGAGUUUUUUUGGGGGGGACUCAUGUGCCAUAUCUGAGUUCAAAAUCCACAUUUGCACUAAAAUAUGUUGUUGUUUGUGGUAAGACUGUAAAACUCCAGCCUCUUUCGUGAGGCUGACUUGAUGUUCUGAUGGGGACAGUAGACCUCCCCUUUUUAAAUGAAGUUUACAUAAUUUAUUUUCUAUUUUGAUUUUUCUUAUUUCCUAUUUUUGUGCAAAUGUGUUUGUACAGGCCGUUGUACAUGUAUACAAAUCUUAAUUCAUACUGGCAGCUGUAAAGACAGAAUAAGUGUUGGUUCCCUCAACUCACAACUGGAUUGCAUGCCAAAUAAAGAAAUGAUAUUGGCUAAAAUCUUAUUAGUCGAUCCAACUAGAUUAAACCCAUUGAAUCAACUGUUGGAGGGUAAGUCAACAUAUAGAUAAUUCUCAUUGUCAAUGGGUCUACUCUAGUUGAAACUCUCAAUGGGAUUCAGGCCAUCCCUUCUGUCUGCUGCCAUCUUUUCCUGAUAGUGUAGAUUUUAAGUUGUACUAUAAACCUUUUGGGGAUAGUUCUUUAAUUGUCUAAUUUCAGAUCAAUGUUUAAUAGUUUGCCCCUUUGUAGCCUAUCCCCUCCCAAAGGACAGCAUAAUCCAGGUAUUGGAAAAGUGACCUUUUGGAUUGCAAUGACCUAAAUGCCCCAGCCACUUGGGUUGGGGAUUCUGGGAGUUACAUUCCAGGGGGAAAAAUAGCUUGCCCAGGUUCUGCAUUCUCCUGUCAUUUGAUAGAAAAGAUCGAAGAAUUCCGUAGAAGAGCUUCUAAUGUACUUUUUAAGCCAAUAGUGGAAAAGCUCUCUUUUGGACUACAGCUCCCAGAAUGCUCCAGCCACUUAGGUUGGGGGAUUCUGGGCAUUCUAGUCCAGUUUGACCAGGAUCUGCGUAGUCCUGUUGUUAGUUGAAGGAAGGCAUCCUAGAAUUCCUUAGGAGAAUUUUAGAAUGUACCAUUUUAACUGGUAUUCAUGUAUAUCAAUGGUUCUCAAACUUUGGUCCUCCAAAUGUUUUGAACUUCCACUCCCAGAAUUCCUGACUGUUGGCCAAUCUGACUGGGACAUCUGGGAACUGAAGUCUAGAGGACCAGAGUUUAGGAACCCCCCAAUCUAUAUUAUUAAAAUCCAUCAGAAGGAACAAGGGUCAAAUUUAUUAUUACAGAAGGACCACUCAAGCUGUGUGGAGGCCACAUUUUUCCACUGCACAUCAAAAUACUUCAUCUCAACAGUCACCACACGCGUGGCACAUCUAGGUCUUUUAAUCUUGUCUUCCUAUUUCUGGAUCUUACACGCUUUUAUUUAUGGAAACGGCUAGUCCCACAAGUCUGAAUGUACAGUCUUAGGCUGCAAUCGGGUACCGACUUACCUGGGAGUAAGGGCCUUUGGGCACUGGCUUCUGAGUAGACAUGUAUAGGGUUGCACUGUUAGACUUUUAAAACUUUGCACAAAUUGCUGAUGCCAUCUUAAAGUAGACAAGUUUACCACUUCAGCUGUAAAAAGGUAUAUGGUACUUCAAGCUGCACCAGAGGGAUUUUUGUUUUCCUGCCGCUGCCUAAAAGGUUAAAUUCUACUGUAAAUGUACUUGUAAAAAAAAGUGUUAAAUCUAUAUUUACGAGGGGAAAAAAUCAAUAUUGUUAAAUAAAGAAAUGUAU